GGUGAUAUAUUUGAUCAAUCAUUUGUCCUUCGUUCCAUGACAUAUUUCUUGACGUGUAAUCCAAGGGGCACGAUUAUCAAACUCUUAGAGACCCAAGCGAAUGAAUGGUUGAGCGAUCGCAACAAUAAUACGCUGUUCUUGGGAAAAUCCAAAUGAACAGCCCAAGCUAUGGAGGAAAUCAAAUAGAAAAACAAAUUACGGAAUAUUUUAUUCGUGACUUCAUCCCGAGCGCAUGGCCGCACACAGAAAAGCUUCGGGCCUUCAACAACAAAUUAUGCUGAAACUCUUCCUAAUCUUCCUCGGGUUGAAUUUCUAUGCGUGCCUAUCUCAUGCUGGGCUCGAUAACAAGAAAUCAACGGAAUUUGACAGCGGGAGGACUCACAGCAGACGGACCGAGGCUGAGCUAGGUGAUAGCAUGCUUGGGUUUAUUGACGAAGGCGAGCAGAAGACUCCGUUUCUUGGAUCCCACUCCGAAAAGGAUAAAAACCAAACGCGACAGUCUAACACAGAUGUGGAACUAUCUGUCUUUCAGGUAGAGCACAUUUUGACGGGUCCGAAAGAUAAGAGAACUAAUGCAGAAACAUCUCAAGUUGGAUAUAAAAUCCAACCUAGUUCUACUAGGAACGAUGCCGCUAAGGCAAGCACCAUACAAAAUGGCAAACACCAAAUUAAUAUAUUUUCUAGUAAAACAACAGUUCUUUUUUCAAGUCCCACGAGUAUCGCGAAGAGUUUAUCUAUGAUGUCAUCCGGGUGUAUAAACCACCGACAUUCCCGCGAUUUCCGUUUGUCUCAAAGAGACAACAAAGAGUUUGACAUUUCUACGCAGACGAAUGUAGGCGAGAGUGUUAAUGCGAGUACAAAGGCUCAAAGCUCUGUUAUCCCUGAUGCUAGAUACACUGAGCUACCAACAGGCGGAUUAGCGGAAUGGAAUUCGCCCAAAUCCACGGAUAAACCUCGUACUCUUUUCAAUCAAAACAGCGCUUACGCAACGACCGGAUUCGAGUCAUUGACAGCUACACCACCAACGAAGACAUUUGAUGCUAGUGUGCUGGUAUUCGCAAUAAACUCUGAUUUAGUAAAAAGGGAAGGAGACCUUUACUCAUCAACGAAAGCGGUGGCAUCAGCGAGAACAUCACCUAUGACGUCAUCACUUGUGGCAUCAUCGGGUCCGACGACGUCUUCACAGCAAAAUACGGUAGGGACCCCAUCGCUGGGGGACACGAUACAAGUCAAAGUGACGUCAUCACAAGAGAGGAAUUUGGCAGUGACGUCAUCACAAGAGAGGAACUUGGCAGUGACGUCAUCAGAGCCAACUGCAGAUUCAAUCCUCGUGAUGCCAUCACAAGAGACAACUGAAUUAUUCCUAAUGACGUCAUCAAAAAAGACUGAGGUUCCAGCUCUAUUUACGUCACAGGUCGGGGCAUUGUCAGCUCAGGUGACGUCAUCACAAAUUACCACUGCAUCAGACCUAGUGACGCCAUCUAAAGAGACCAGUAUUUUAACUCAAAUGGCGUCAACAAAGGGCAAUGGGUCGCCUUUGGUUAUGACUUCAUCACAGUAUGGUAUGUUACCUACUCAUCACUCGAUUGUGACUCAAGAAAAUUCGCUGCGUUCUUUUGCUUCUGCUUCGUCUGUAAUGACGUCAUCAGUGCGUGAAUUUACGUCAUCGUCAUCGUUGGCUGCAACUCCCGCCUUGCCCACUUUCCCGGAAUCCGAUGGGACGCUGACUAGGAGAACAAGGACGGCCUCUUAUUCACUGAUGACGUCUUUGCCGUCUACGAUUGCAAGCUUGGGUGGUGAUAGCAAGACACGGUUAAUCAACACUUUAUCGACAAGACGCGGUUCCUCAUCAGUAAUGCACCUUGCCUCACCAGCACAUCAAAACAUGUCAUCAUUGCAUCACGGUGCUUCACCAUCACAUAGUAUGUCAUCAUUACAUCAUAGUCCGUCAUCACAUAGUACGUCGUCGUUAUAUCGUAGUCCGUCAUCACAUAGUACGCCAUCAUCACAUUAUAGUACUACGUCAUCGCAUCAUAGUCCGUCAUCAUUACAUCAUAAUAUGUCAUCACAUAGUACGUCAUCAUUACAUCAUAGUCCGUCAUCACAUAGUACGUCGUCGUUAUAUCGUAGUCCGUCAUCACAUAGUACGUCAUCAUCACAUUAUAGUACUACGUCAUCGCAUCAUAGUCCGUCAUCAUUACAUUAUAGUACUACGUCAUCGCAUCAUAGUACGUCAUCAUCACAUUAUAGUACUACGUCAUCGCAUCAUAAUCCUUCAUCAUCACAUAGUACAAUCAACACGUCAAUACUCUAUUUGUCAUCAUCACACCAUAUAGCAUCAUUUCAGAGGAACCCGUCAUCGGCACAGGACCUCAGGUUAUCUGAACAAAAGGUGACGUAUUUAGAUGCGUCAUUGUCUACCUAUUUUACAACAUCAUCAUCACAUUUGAAGCCAUCAGAUCACAGCGCAAACCAGAGCAAGUCAUCGACACAUCACAUUUCGUCAUCAGCACAAAGGAUACCGUCACCAACACCGAAUGUGGCGUCAUCACCACAUACUAUCACGUCAUCGAUACCUGAUGUGACGUCAUUGGCCCAUACUAUCACGCCACCAAUACCGAGCAUGGCGUCAUCGACACUUAUUAUCACGUCAGGGACACAAGAUGUGACGUCAUUGACUCAUAAUAUCACGCCAACAAGAAAGAUGACGGGCUCCAGGUCACAAAUUAAAGCAAACAUGACGUCAUUGGAUCAACCAAAAAUUCCAUUUCUUAAACACAGUACGUCAUCGACACAACGCAUGCUGCCGUCAUCUCCGCGCGGCACCUCAAGUCUUAGCACGCCCGUGGUCGUGUCCAAGUCGUGUCCGGGCGGCAAGUCUACAAAAACAGCUAUGACUUCAGUCACUCCCAGUCCUGUUCUGUCAGCCUUCCCAUCAUCCUCCGCGGACGGUGACCUGAACUCAUCAGUUGCGCAUGAACCUAACAUGAAGCCCACUGACCACCGUGACAAGAGCGCAGACCAGCUUUUCCUUUUGAUCAUAUUAGCGACGGCGCCUGCAGCUCUGAUUGUCCUCAUUGUCAUUAUCGCAUUCGUCCUCUAUAAACGCUGUCGACGUAAAAAGUCACGUGAUCCGGUUUACUCAAUCAAAGUCGAGUAUCAGGACGAGGCGAGGCCGCAAAGUCGGUCACGAUGGCGCAAUAGUCGCUUGGAUUUAAACAUCAAUGGGAUUCGCAUAGAUCUGGAGUUUCCGAAUAGUGAAAAGCGGCGAAGUAACGCAAGAAUCUCAGGGAGCCCAAACCUGACCGAUGCACAGCUUAGGGAACUACAGUUCCUUUCUAAGGAAUGUAAGGAAAAUCUGGAAUGGAUUAACGAAGUGUUGGAACGUGAAAUGGAGUCCCCGUACCCUACAAUUGCGGUGAGCGAGGCCGACAGACUUCUAGGUAAGCAAAGGGAUAGUCUGUACUCGGGCUACUCAGAAAAGGAGAAAGAAAAUUUCGAAGUCAGCGAGAAGUUGAUCCAGCGAGAGCGCGGAGUGCCAAGCAGAGAAUCGUCACCGCUAGCAAGUGAGCUCUGGAAAGGGACAGAAAACCCAUGUGAAAAGUUUGAAAGAACCAACCGUGCGAGACCUGGAAACAAGAGAGAGGAGGAGACGGCGAACGACCCGAGUUUUGAUGACGUCAUUAUGAUGCCGUACCGGAAGGGAAACAUCCAUGAGAAGGGUUAUGUCAAGAUAGACGAGAUCGAUUCGUGCUGGGAGAGGCCACGUGAAGACUUCAAGAUAGAUGAACAUGGUAUUGAAAUGAAAGAGGCCCCAAUUAGUAACGUCACUAAAGAGGAUGUUACUAAGAAAAAGAAAAGAGGUAAGAAACCUGUCCAGGAGAAACCGAAAACGGCAAAAAACUCUCAACAGCGAAAGGAAAAGAGGACUCAAAAUGAACCUAUAGAGGGUAGAUUUAAUGCGAGCCCCGGUGAAGAACUGGAGACUAGCUGUCAUGGUCGAAAGGGAAUGGACACAAGAAAUCUUCCCAGCCCAACGCAAAGGAAAGGGCCCAAAAUGCGAUUUGAGACUCUUUGAGGGGCUAUGUCGAUGAGUUGCCUCAGGCCACCAUAGAAUUUCAUGUUUAGGUGGAGAUUUCUUCUCAUAAUGUCUUUCAAUAUUGAUUGAAAACAAUAACAAAGAUGCGAUUAUUGCAGAUAACUACUAUGUCAAUAAUGCUGUUAUGUUAAUAAAAAUACAUUCUUAGUUUUAAA